AUGCCUGCCGUGCAAGACUUGAGUGGCACCUACGAUGGCAUCCAGGUUCAGCUGGAAGAAGCCUCAGCUCCGGGCCAGAUGGUCAUAGACGGAAACGUCUUCCCUCUGGUCCUCGUCUACAAAUCCUCAGAUGUCUCGAGAAGGGACAUCACCGAAAAGUUCCUCUCAGAGGUCUCGUCAAAGGGAAUAUUCACAACCCUGUUGCAGAACCAUGGAGCGGUUUUGUUGAGAGGUCUCGGCGAUUCCUCAGGCGAAACCUUUUCACGGUUCGUGACUGCCGUUGAAAAAUCAAGAGGAAGCUUUCCUUUCGAGCAGAUCGGUCUGGCUGGAAAAAGACACGCGUGGGCUGAAAACGUGUUCACUGCCAACGAAGGUCCACCAAAGACCAGAUUCUACCAGCACAAUGAGUACUCCAGAUUCACCCAUUUCCCCUCCAAUAUCCACUUCUUCUGCCACAAGGCUGCCAAGAGAGGAGGCGGAGGAAGUCCUAUAGUUCAUUCGAGAAGGCUUUUUGAAAGGGUCAACGAGACCAUUCCCGAAUUCAUAAAGGAACUUUCUGAGAAGAGACUUGUGAAUAACCAAGUUUACCCCAGUAAGACUUAUGCAACUGCUGCCAUCAAGGGAAAUGAGUUUUAUUGGGAAGGUCCAGACACUUUUGGACAAGAGAUAUUGGAGACCGACUCUAUAGAGACGAAAAAAGCGAAGGCGGAGAAGCAGGUCAGAAGGCUGACUGAUGAUUUCGCUUGGCAGGAAGACGGUUCGAUUGUCGUCAGACAGCACAUACCUGCAUUCAGAGAGAACCCAGUGACUCACAAACCGCUUUUCUUCAACAGUUUUAUUGGAGGAUACGGUACCUCCAAAGACCACGGAGCCCUUCACCCUCCGCACAUUGGUGAUAACGGUGGUAUCUAUUAUCCUACCACCUACGACACAGGCGAGAGGAUUCCAUUGGAUUAUUUGGAGACAUGUCUUCAGAUCUCCAGGGAAUUAGAGUUUGUACAAAAAUGGGAAGAUGGUGAUUUAGUUUUGCUAGACAACUAUCAGGUUUCCCAUGGAAGAGAGCCUUGGACGGAAGGAGAUGAAAGAAUCGUUCUGGUGAGUAUGUGGGAUCGCCCAGGACCAAAGCCAAAAGAAUGGAAGGUAGAGGUAUAG